UCUUGUUAUUCAACUAUGCUGAGGUAAAUUCAGUUUUAAAUUCUUUAAGUAAUUCCUGGAUAAUCUAUUGUCAUUUUAUUUAAUGAAUGGUGUUGACUUUUAUUGAAUAACCCCUUUCAUUUUCACCAAUAGAGUUGAUGUCGGCGAAUAGGCAUGUGGAUCCUCGUGACACUUUGCCCCCUCCAGUCAUCAUGCGCACUGCUGCCACACCCAUGCCCACUCCAAAGAGCUCUCUUGGCCUGGAGUCCGAGUCCAGGCGGGGCAGUGGGAUCUCGAUAGAUCCAAAUGCUUUUGAUCAGAAAUCAAUGAGUUUCUGUCUCCGUCUCAGGAGGACAUUAGAAGCAUAUAAACCUAAGUGGUGUAAAGAUCAUGAGGACUGGUCCCUUUAUCUGUUCUCGCCUCAGACCAAGUUUCGGAUGAUUUGUCAGAGGUUAAUUUCUCACAAAAUGUUUGAUCAUGUCGUUUUGGUAUUCAUCUUCUUAAACUGCAUCACUAUUGCUCUGGAAAGACCCACUAUACAGCCACCUGUAAGUUUGCUUUAGUGAAAUCUCAUCCUUAAUAGUCAAUUUGAAUUUAAUAUUUGAGAUUUUCAUGCUUAUUGG